AUGACGGCAGAUUCGCUAUCUUUGAAGCAGGUGGCCACCACCACGAAGAAUGAGUCCGGGUCGGAAGCAGGCGACUAUGCCAUUGGCGAGUCUACGCUGCACCAGGCAGCGCUGCAGCGCCAUUUGAAACCGCGCCAGGUACAGUUCUUUGCCAUCGGUGGCUCCAUUGGGACAGCGCUCUUCAUCACAAUCGGCUAUGGUCUACUGCAUGGAGGAGCCGGCAGUCUGCUGAUUGCCUUCAUCCUGCAAUCCAUCAUCCUCUCCUUGGUGAACAACGCUCUCGCCGAGAUGACCAUCUUCAUGCCCGUCAGCGCCGCCUUUAUUCAGCACGCCGAUGUCUGGGUCGACAAAGCUUGGGCUUUCAUGAUCGGGUGGAACUUCUUUUUGUUCGAAGCAAUCCUGGUUCCCUUUGAGAUUACAGCCUUGGACUUGAUCUUGACAUAUUGGCGCGAUGACAUUCCCUCGGCGGCAGUCAUCUCUGCCUGCAUCUUCACAUACGGAAUCACCAAUAUCCUUGCUGUGGGGUAUUUUGGCGAGGCCGAGUUCUGGCUCUCCAUUGGAAAGCUGUGUCUCAUCAUCCUUGUGUACACCUUCACUCUUGUCACCAUGUGCGGUGGAAACCCGCAAGGCCAUGCGUAUGGGUUCUCGAAUUGGACAAAACCAGGUCCCUUCGUCGCAUACAUUAGCACGGGUGACUUGGGUCGGUUCCACGGCUUCCUUUCCGCGCUGUGGCAGGCUGCCUUCAUCGUCGUUGGCCCUGAAUAUCUUGCUGCUUGCGCCGGUGAAGUCCAAAAUCCACGUAAGACGUUGCGGUCUGCCUUUAAGCAUGUUUACUGGCGCUUUGCUCUCUUCUUCGUCUGCGGCGCCCUCUGCGUUGGCAUAAUUCUGCCGGCCAAUGACCCGACCUUGAACAGGGUUCUGAGCUCAGGCGAGACUGGUACUGGCGCGUCGUCUCCCUUCAUCAUUGCCAUGGCCAACAUGGGAGUCGGUGUCCUCCCUCACAUCGUCAAUGGGCUCCUGCUGACCAGCAUCUACUCUGCUGGAAACUGUUACGUCUACACCACCGUCCGUAGUCUCCAUGGAUUGGCUUCCAACGGGCACGCCCCCAAAAUAUUCCUGAAGACGACCAAGAACGGCGUACCCAUCUACUCGCUCGGCGUGGCACUGGCGUUUGGCUGUCUGGCUUACUUGAAGCUGAACAGCGGCACCAUGCAGGUGCUGAACUGGUUCGUCAAUCUCGUCACCAGCGGCACGUUGAUAGCCUACAUCGUCAUCUGCGUCAACUACCUGUUUUUCUACCGCGCCCUGAAAGCACAGAAAUACGACCGCGAUGCUCUCCCGUACAAGGGCUGGUUCCAACCAUACGGCACAUGGAUCGCGCUGAUGUGGCUGGUGUUGGUCGAAAUCUUCUACGGCUAUGCCGUGUUUCUCCGUGGCAACUGGGACGUGGGCACUUUUUUCAGUAGCUACACUAUGGCCUUCCUCGCCAUCUUCCUUUUCACGUUCUGGAAGAUCUUCAAGCGCACGAAAGCCGUUAGCCCGCACGAGGCAGACUUGGUCUGGGCACGACCCCUGGUGGACCAGCAUGAGGCGCUGUUCGCCGAAGUGGAAGAGGCCGGGAUUUGGGAGACGGUGAGGACGUUUCUGAAGCUCGACAAGGUUGGGCUUCCCUUUCGAUCUAGCGCGUAG